AUUGUGUGUGGCUUGUCACACACGAAAACUUUGUUUACCAUUCAUUCCCAAAAAUCCUCUGGGCUCAUUAUUCUCUCGCUGAUGAUAAUAGUCGCAAUAACUCUUGCGUUAUUGAUGGCCCUGGGCAAAUCGCAGGCACCUCCAGAUGCCUCGAUCUCGGCACAUGUGCUCGAUAUCGCUUUCGGAAAACCAGCUGAAGGAGUGACCAUACUUGCAUACCUCGAAGGGAGCAACGAUUGGUUGCCUAUGGGCAAUUGCGUGACUGAAUCGAACGGAAGAGUGCCUUGGGUAACGCCGAAUUUGCCACUGCAGCAAGGAAUCUACAAACUCAGAUUCAUGACUGGUGACUACUAUAAGGCAAUUGGAGUCCAAACAUUCUACCCCUAUGUGGAGGUAGUUUUCAACGUUUCGGAUGCCAGUCAACAUUAUCACGUUCCUCUAACGCUGAGUCCGUACGGUUAUUCGACUUAUAGGGGAUCAUAAAAAUUGUAAUAUUUUGUUAAUUUUGCGAUAAAGUUUCUUGCGAC